UCUUGUUUCAACAAGGCUCCGAAUUAGGUUAGGCGUGUAACGUUGUGACAGUUAGGCGAUAAAAUUACGACUGUCGUUUGAGGCUGUGAUGUGACUGUUGUGAUAGCGCAUGAUAUGAUAUAAACAAACAAACAGUUCCGAAAAUGAGGUCGGAUGAGUGCUUCGAGGCGUCACCGCCGUGUCAAAGCCAGCUAGAUUCGGCAUUACACGAGCUUGGUAUGUUGGCUUCGUCUACCAAUUCUCGUCGCGAAUACCUCAAUGAAGUCAAGACCAGUAACUACCUAAAUAUGCUCACGAUAAAUACAAGAUACGUCAGUAAUGUAUCGAUUGGUUUUCGUGUCAGGCCGACGGUUCCGCACGCAAGAUUUAUACCCUACAAAGUACCUCAUAGGGAACGGCACCGGACGAAGUCAGAGAAUAACGAUAGCGACGCGACGUCGACGCUGGCACAGGUUAUAGUGGAUGAGUGCAUUAGUGAAUCGUUUGCUGAGGUUACUCAGCUGAAGAAAGCGAAAUCCUUAGAGAGUCUGGUCGCCGCCAAUGAAACAGAUGCGAAUGGUGUCCGUUUCGGUAGUCACAUUGAACUCGAUAAAGUGUCGGACAGUAUACAGAACCUCAAAGUGGCGGAGUGAUUUUUUAAGAGUAGAAGUUAAGCGUGUCUGAUUUCGUUCUAAUUAAAGUAGUCUCGCUCUAAUUUAUUCCUAAAAAUGUGUGAAAAACUAUUUGGAAAUAUAAAGUUUCGAAGAUUG